AUCUGCAAAAUGCGACAUUUACUGAGCUUUGUGAUCUCCUUCGUAUCAUUUCAUUAUAUUUAUGCCAAUGAAGAUGCGAAGAGGCUGUACGACGAUCUCAUGGUAAAUUACAAUCGGCAUAGACGGCCAGCAAGUGGACCACAUGAACCGCUCACAAUAAAGCUCAAAUUGAGGCUCAGUCAAAUCAUUGACGUGCAUGAGAUUGAUCAAAUCAUGACGUGCUCAGUAUGGUUAAAGCAAGUGUGGAUAGACAAAAAGCUCUCAUGGGAUCCGGAGAGCUACGGCGGCGUGAGCGUGCUUUACGUGCCUUAUGAGAUGAUCUGGGUCCCUGAUAUUGUGCUAUACAACAAUGCGGACAGUAAUUAUAAUAUAACCAUCUCAACGAAAGCUACACUUCAUUAUUCUGGAGAAGUCACGUGGGAGCCGCCGGCUAUAUUCAAAAGCAUGUGCCAAAUUGACGUCAGAUGGUUUCCUUUUGACGAGCAGCAAUGUCAUCUAAAGUUCGGCUCGUGGACUUACUCAGAGAAUUUGCUAAAUUUGGAGCUUCUGGAGAAUAACGUNCGUUACGAAGAAGAAGUAAAUGAGCAGGGCAUCGUUGAUAAUAUCACUAUAGCCGACGAUGGUAUAGAUCUCUCCGAUUACUAUCCAUCUGUGGAAUGGGAUAUCAUGUCGAGAGUGGCUCGACGGCGAUCAAAAAACUAUCCAAGCUGUUGCCCACAAAGCGCGUACAUUGACAUUAUGUACUAUCUGGAACUUCGACGUAAACCGCUUUUCUACACGGUGAAUCUAGUCUUCCCAUGCGUAGGGAUCUCGUUCCUCACCAUUCUCGUCUUCUAUCUGCCGUCCGAUUCUGGUGAAAAAGUCACCCUCUGUAUAUCCAUACUUGUCGCCUUAACUAUCUUCUUCCUGUUGUUGACCGAAAUCAUUCCUGCCACAUCGAUAACCCUGCCAUUAAUCGGAAAAUAUUUGUUAUUUACCAUGGUCAUGGUAACACUGAGCGUCGUUGUUACUGUUAUUUCUCUAAACCUGCAUUUUCGAACCCCGACCACUCAUUUGAUGCCUAAAUGGGUGAAAUUAGUGUUUCUGAAAUGGCUGCCGAAGGUUCUUUUCAUGAGGAGACCCCUUGAUGAUGGCGAUGAAUCGUUCAGGAGAGUCAGCUCCAGGAAAGGAAUAGGUGAGUACUCCAUCCUAGCGAUCCCUCUAAACCUUCAUGAGCACCGCGUGAGUCGUGAUAUCGGAAAAAGUCUCGCCAACGCCGCCAUCGACGAACGAAUUCAAAAACUGUACUACUCUCCCCAGGUAGUAAAAGCGUUUGAGAAUAUUUGCUUCAUUGCGGAGUUGCUUAAGAAGAAGGAUAGGGACGAUAAGAUCGAUGAAGACUGGAAGUACGUCGCAAUGGUGUUGGACAGACUGUUCCUCUUGAUCUUCUCAUUUGCGUGCUUCAUCGGUACCGUACUGAUUUUGCUACAAGCUCCAACUCUAUAUGAUGAUCGGAAACCAAUCGAUUUGCAGUAUCGUCCUGCGAAUUUAAGCGCCCUGUUUUGA